AUGCAUUAUUCAAAAAUGGCAUCGUCAAUGCAUUUCAUAUUAAUCAUAUUAUUAAAUUUAGGAUUAACACUACAGCAAGAAAAUCAAAACUACUUGAAUUACCAUCAGCCACAAGGUCGUUUCUUGUCAUCAUUCCCACAAAAUUCUCGAAAUGGAUUUUUUCCUUCUGUGCCACAGCGAUCGGCUGCAUCACAGCAGCAACAAGGUCAACAGCAGCAAUCUGGAAAUUACCAACAACAUGAUUUGUAUUUAGAUGGACCAUCAACGCCGUCAUUCUUUCCAUUCCAAACAUUUGCUACAACUCGAGCACCAAAUCCUUUUGAAAUAUCACCACGACCAUUCGUAACUCCAUCGCCAUUGCCAAAUAGAGGACAAUUUUCCAAUUUCGGUCAAACAAGUGGUCGACAAAAUGGAGGAUAUCAAUUUGAGUCUAAUCCUUAUAACUUUGCACCAUCUGCACCUCCUGCACAGCAACAGCCACAACGAUUAAGUCCAUAUUUAGAUUCGACAGGCUACGAUGAGUCACAAAUUGACGAGUACGAUGAGAGUCAAACAUAUAUAAAAGCACCAAAAUCUCGCGGAGGAUCGACAUUCCAAAGAACCUCAGAUGAGAACAGAAGCAUCGAACGAGUUCCUAGUCAUUCCACAAGCAUUAAAACGAAUAAGGAUAGAUUUCUAGAGAAUUUAAGGCAACGACCAAUUACAACAACUGUUGAGCCCACAUCAAUAAUUACAACGACACCAAGAGCUAAGAUAUCGAGAGAAGAGCUGGCAAAAAAAUCACGAUAUACGCCAAUUACAAGAAGCACGACAUCGAAACGACCUCAACCUAAACAAACUGAAUCAGAUGCUGAAUACAAUGAUCAAAAGUAUGCAUUCACGAAAAACAAUAAAGUAAAAUCAACAUUGAAUGUGAGACCGCUUGGAUAUCAUGUUAACAUAACACAUAAUGGUGAAGAGAAAAAUCCAAAUCCAUUGUCUGUCAAGGCAUUAAAUGCUGCUAGUGAUAAUACACGGGAACAAUUCGAUGAAAAUUCAGGUGAAGAUGAUGAUGUUGAGUAUAUUGAUUAUGAAGAAGAUGAUGAUGAUUAUGGGGUAAUUUUGAAUGAAAAUGAUCGUGCGAAAAAGGAGAAAAGCUAUAUACCAACAACAAUCAUUCCAACAACGAAAAUACCAAUUACUACAACAACUUCACCUAUUCCAACAACAAAUAAGCCGGAAGAUCACACGAAAAUUAUUUUUGAUAACUUCAUUUUACCAAAAAAUCAAGAUAUAGGUGAACAGAAUGAUGAUGAUGAGGAAGUAGAGUAUGAGUAUGAAUAUGAGGAUGAAACUGAUGCGCCGGAAGUAAAAACAACUGACAAACCAACAACGACUAAGCCAGAAAGUGAAGAAAUUGUGGAAAUAACAACAUUUAGAGAUCCAAACCGAAUUUUAAGUGAAGCAGUCGUGUCUGUUGUGACUUCCAAAACUGUCGUAAAUGGAACGUUUUCGAGAUCAUCUGAAGAGUUAAAUGUUCAGCAAUUUGCAGAGGAAACGACAACGGAAGCAGAAAAUUAUCCACCAACUAGACCAUCACCCACUAAAUCCACAACAGAUAGCAAUUAUGUUGUUAUUGCAUCAGUUCAGACUAGUAGAAGUGUCUCUGGUGCUCAUUUCUUGCCAUUCCCUCAUGUAGAACAGAAAGAAGUGAUUCAAAGUCGAUCAGAACUGACAAAUAAGAAGGCACUAAAUGGUGUUGAAAGUGCUACUGAUAUUCCAGAAGUCAAAACAACUCAAAUUUCCGAGACUGAAAAUGUAUCAGCAGAAGUACAAGACGAAGAAGAUUACCAUAGCUCAGAGGUUACAACCACUGCCUCAUAUUCACUUGAGGAAGCACCAACGACAGUUCCAACAACAGUAAGAAACAUUCCAUUGCCUUCAACUGAAAGCAUUAUUGAUAAAUUGGAUGGAAUACAGUCAGACUUAUCACUUGGUGUCUUGAGCGGUGAAUUUCCAGUUCUUAAAGAUAAUUCAUCAAAAAAGACUAAACCUGUAAGUUCAGUACAGCCAUCAAGUUCUACAGAAGCAACUCCAUCAGAAGAAGAAGUGGAGGUACCAAAAGAAAUUGAAGCUCCAACAACUGUAAAACCAUUAGUGCUAAUUAGAAAAUUCAGUCCAAAAGCUCAAAGUACAACGAGAAAACCAAUAACCACGACUAGCAUAAAAGUCACAAUUAAAUCCACAACACCACAUCCAACGACAACCAGCACAACGACAGAGGAACCAAUUACAACGACACAAAAUAACUCAGUCCUGGAAUCUAGCCAGCGUUCUAACAAGAAGAUUUCAUUUGAAGACGCUCCAAAUGAGGAUUUAGCUGGCUUACUUCCUCCAGGAUAUAAACUCAGGCCAUCAUUUAAGAAUAAGAAAUUCAGCACAACAACCUCACAGCCAGAAACAACAAAAGAAGAAUUAGCUGCUGGAAAGUCACGAAAUGCCACAAUCAGCCGGUCAUUUAAAUCACAACCAAGCCCUCAGGAUCUUAAUUCAAAACUUAAGAGUAAAGACAAGUUCAAUUUGCCAAAAUCUGAAAAUGACACGACCAAGAAAUUCAACAAAUUAUUCGAAUCAUCCGAUGCUGAACUUGACAUCAGCAAGUUCUUGCCACCAGAUUUUAAAGACAAAGCAAAGAAUGAAAGUGUUGCAGUCAUUCCAAUUGUAACUGAUGAACUGAGCAAGUUCCUUCCACCAGGAUUUAAAUUAGAUCCAACAACAACAUCAACAGAGACUCCAAAAAUUAAAGUCAUUGAGGAUGACUUAAACAAGUUUUUACCGCCAGGCUAUAAACCUCCAACAGAAGAAAAAGAAAAAGAAGAUGUUAAGGAUGACAUUUCAAGUAUAUUGAAUAAGAUUAAAUUUACAGAAGUUGCUAUUCCUUUACCACCUGGAUUCUCAGAAAAUGGUCCAUCAUCAACAACAGAGGAGCCAGUUGAAGAAUCGUCAUCAACCACAAAAUCUGGUAAAUUAGUAUUCCCAACACGAGCAUACAAGAAACCUGCUAGAGUAACUACCCCAAAAUCAAAUAUGGGAGAAGGUCCAAAACCACCAGAGAUUGAAAUCAGAAAAGGACCUCCAACACGUGCCACAACAUUAUUUACUGGAUGGCCAUCAAAACCAACAACUCCAUUUUCAUUAGAAAAAUUCUUAGAGAUUCAGAAGAAUGCCAUGCAAAUCGAUAUUUCUGAAAUCCUAGCCAGAUCAACAACUGAACAAUUUACAACUCCUUUUUUCACUACAACAACGACAACAACAACCAGUACAACUACAACAACGACACCCCGUCCACGAGAAGCUACAGUUUGUAAAACAGAUUGCAGCUUAGCUGCAACAAUUCGAAUUAUUGAUGGAAUUGAAUGGUCGCCAGAACUUCUAACACAUCAUACAGAAGAAUACAAAAACCUAGCAACUGAGCUCGAGUCUGACUUGAAUGAAGUCUAUACUAAAUCAGAGAUGCUCAGCAAAUGGUACAAAAGCAUUCGAAUUGACGCAUUUAGUAAAGGAAGUGUGCUUGUCGACUAUUUUAUUGAAUUGAAAGACAUUCCAAAUGAGAUGAACACGACGGAAAUUAAGAAAUUGUUCCAUGAUGCACUUGAACCAGCUACAGUGGAAAAGAAAGCACCAAGCGAAGACGAAAAUGAAGCAUAUCCACAACCAAUUGUAAAGGAAGCAUAUAAAUUGGGAAAUUUUGUUGUUGAUCCAAUUUCAACUGACUUUAUUGUCAUACAGAAAGUAGCUACAAUAAAUUCAGACGAGGAAGAUGAAGACGUCUUAUUACCUCAAUGGGCCAUUGCAAUGAUAACCAUUGGCCUGCUGUCACUUGUCUGUAGUGUUCUCUUUGGAGUUGCUGUUCUCAUUAACAGAAAGAAAGCAGCUAAGAAGAAGGGACCAACUCCGCUCACAGCUGAUAUGCUUAAUGAACUUAAUAAGAAUCAUAUGGGAGGCUUUGAUAAUUAUGGUGCAGAAGAUGCCUACAAUCUCGAGGAUACUUGGGACGAAAGAAGAUCUGAUGUCAAGCCUAAACGCAUGCAACCCGCCAAAGGAAGCAAUCCAAAUAUCUACGAUAGUUGGAGAUCGCAGCACAUUCAGCGAUAUCAAGCUGACGAGUUCUAUUACGAUUCCCAUGAUCCAUACAAUGAGUUCAAACCAAAGCAGCAUCAAGCACAACAACAACAGCAGCAACAGAAUCAUCAUCCAUACAGUAGUAGUGGCACGAACCGUUUCAUGGAGCCAAAUUGGAAUGAAGGCUGGAAUGAGAAUCCAUACCAUCCAGGCAGUAGUCAUAAUUUUAAUACUAGUAAUACCAGGAGAUAUAGAGAUUAUGAUCAACAUUUUUAGACUAG